CCGUGCGCUGCGGAGUUUCAUCGAGGCUUCUCCCGCGUGCUUCCGAUCAACCAGCCGCACCACCUUCUUACUGUUGAUCAUCAACAAAACGUAUAAACUGUGCCUCUAUCACCACACGGAUAUUUAGAAAAAAAAUUCCAGAAAAUUGCGUUUACGUUAGUUCGCGGAUUGUUUCAAGAUUGAUUCCCAGCCAUUGACAGGAAGUGCUGAUGAGCGGACGGCUUGAGUGAUAGGUAGGGUGUAAUGAAGUGUGCGCCACCAGAGGGCGUUGUGCAUCAAUAUUUCAAUGAAACUGUCACUCAAACUGCGACCGACAGUUGAAGGUCGAUCGUCUGAAAUUUCCCGUUUACUCACCCCACCGCCGCUUCUGUACCAAGAAUCAUGCUUGGUUAAAGGGGAGGAUGGCGAUCCGACCAAGGACAAGAACUCUGAAGAUCCAUCCGAAAGUGCUUCCGGCGAAGGAGGCGACGAUCCGGACAUAGACAAUAAUAGUAAUUCAACUCAAUCCAGUCGCAGUUCGACUCCUGAGUUGCCCCCACCGGCGUCGCCCCUUCUUCUGCCGCCCCCUCCACCUCCACCACCACUUCCCAAAGAAGAAGACAUGGAGCUGAUGAACAAAGCCCCUGCACCCAUCAUGGACAUAUCAAGAACCGCGAUCUCCAACCCCGAGCUUAUCCAGGGAGCGGAGGACGAAGAAGAUGAAGCCGAGGAGGACAUGGCUUCGAGUGUCGCCACCGAGGAGGACGCUCCUUUAGAUUUCAGCGUGAAGAGAGCCACCGAAGACGAAAGCACUGACGAUGACAGAUCUAUGACGCCGAAUGGCCUUAAUCCCCCUUCCAUAUCUCAAGAUGGACCUCUUGAUCUUUCUGUACCUCGAAGGAGAAGCAGUAGGGCCGGCGAUGGGCCUAGGCAAGCAAAGAUUGCUAAACUUGAGACUGCAUCACACAUGCCUAGCAGCCCAUGGGGCUAUAAUGCUCCAAAGCAUUUGCCAAAAACGAUGGUGAAAGCUACUGUGGCGGAAGUGCCCAUGUGGAACGGAAAAGUUAAGUCUGAGAAACGUGACAAAGGACAUGCUUCAGCCACCUCAUCCAAACACUCUUCGCUCAAUAGAUCAAAUGUGUACAACCCCCUUUUAAACAAGAAUGCUAGUCCUCCACUGAACUCUCUUAAAAUGAGCGAAAGUCGAAAGAACAGUGCAGGGAGCUCAAAGACUGAUCCGUAUAGACCUGCAGGAAGACAGAAUCCAUGGCAGAGUCAGUGGAUGAGUCGAAGCAGUGAACAGACUAGGGACGUUUUCACUUGUGUUUGGUGUAAAGAAUCUUUCCGCAGUUUAGAGGAUAUGACAGUGCAUAUGAAACAAUCGCCGCGUUGUGGAAUGGCUGGAAUGCAAACUAAUUUGCCUGCCACUUCUCCCAAUUCUGCUUCUGUAAUCAACCACCAACACAACCACCAUCAAUCUCCCUUACCUGCAAAAUGCUCUACGUCAUCUUCAUCUGCAGCUGGACCAGCAGCGAAUGCAGUCAUCAAAGAAAACGUCUCUUUACCGAGAAAACUUGUCCGAGGACAAGACGUAUGGCUCGGAAAGGGGGCUGAACAAACUCGACAAAUAUUGAAAUGCAUGUGGUGUGGACAGUCUUUCAAAACAUUAGCAGAUAUGACAACCCAUAUGAGGGUAACACAACAUUAUACAAAUAUAAUUAGUCAGGAGCAAAUCAUUUCUUGGCGCACGCCCGAAGAUAAAAUGGCCGCUCAGUCUCAAGUUAACGCGGUUCUUACUUGCAAAGUGUGCGAUCAAGCAUUUGGAAGUCUAAAAGAACUCAGUUACCAUAUGGUAAAAAAUUCACAUUAUAAGGAACAUAUUUUACGCUCAAUAACUGAAGGAGGAGGUAGACGUCGACAGACGCGUGAAAGAAGGAAGAAAUCUCUUCCUGUCAGAAAAUUGCUGGAACUGGAGAGGAUGGAAUUGAAUAAGCAGAGCCCUGCUAGCUCAAAUGACGUUAUUAAUCCGACUAAAAACGAAGUGGUAGAUGGUAAAAUAUCAUGUGAAGAAUGUACUGAAAAAGUUGAUGCCAAAGACUUUGUACAACAUAUUAAAAAUUGUGCUCAGGGAUCUCGAUCUCAGCAAUCAGUGAAGUCUUCUCCUGGUUCAGAAGGAACCAAACCAUCAAGUGUCGAUAUCAAUCCAGACGUUCCAACUACAUCUGAUGCAGGUUCUGCCGCUCGCUCAUCUCCUCUAGCAUCUCAGGAAUUACCAGCUGAUGAGGCGUCUAAGAGUACCGGUGGUCAAAUUCUUCAAGAAGAUAGCAUGUGUGAUAGUGUUGAAAGUACAGGAAGUACAUCUGUGCUAAAUGCUAUCGAGAAACUUAUUGAAAAAAGCUUUGAGAGCAAAGGGAGACGAAAUGCGGUAUCCACAGGAAUAUUGCAGCGCUUGGGUAUUGAUGAAGAAGUAUACCCACCUUGGCAUCCUUCCAGUUCUCCUAGUGCUUUUGGUGUUCUCAGAAGUACUGUCGAUAUGCAUAGAAAAUCAACUUCGCCUGUAAGUAGGCUACAUGAUUUCAAAAUGGAAAUGGCAGACUUUUCUGGAUCUGAAAGUCGCAGUCGAUCUUCUUCGACAUCUGAAAAGCACCCAAGUUUUGAUGAACAUUUACGAUUAACAUUUGGAAUAUCUGCGAAAGAUGUCAUGAAUCGUGUAUCGACACCCAGCAGUGCAUCACAGUCUUGUUCACCUGUGCAUUUCCAACCAGAAUCUCCAGCAGAUGAACGUAACUCAGUGUUCAUGUCCAAAGAGGCAACGAAUCAAGCAUCAACAUCUCAGGCAGCAGCCCUUUGUAGUUCAUCCCCUAAAGCUCGUUCUAUCACUCCCUCUUCCGAUCGUGAUCACAGUGAGAAAGCAACAGCGAAAGAUAGCGAUCAGCAAGAACAACAGAAAGAAAUCGGCAUUAAAGAAUCUGAAGAUUUAAACAGCGAUGAUCGAGACGAAAAAUCUGCCGUAUCUGAUGAUGAACAAAUGGUUGACUGCAGUCGAGAGCCAACUCCUAAAAGUGAAGACAGACAAACGCCUUUAUCGAGGAGCUCUAGUUGUGAACCUGAGAUGGCCUUGGCUGCCAGUCCCGCUGCUUCGGUGGGCCUUGAAUCCCCUGAUAAACACUCCAAAAGCAUUCCCAAGAAAAAGCGUAAUAAUUCAGAAAUGCAUCGUAAAUCCCCAUCGUCAAGCAGUAAAAGGCGAUCACAUUCCCACCGCAAAAAAAGCUCUGAAAUGAGUAAUAUUGAUGGUGGUUGUGACAGUGCUAUGGGAUCUCCAACUUCGACCCAUAGUGCAGAUGUAACAUCUCCACGUCAGAAACAGCACUCAGACUCUGCAGCAGGUGACCAUCCCCUUAAAGAACUUCAAAAACUCUUAGAUAAAACAGAUGCUCAUUUAUCGAGGCCUAACCUGCCUGCUACUCCAGGUUCAAUAUUAGCAUUCAGUUGGGCUUGCAGUGAGGCCACGGCAUCAGACUCGCUCAUGAAGUGUGCCUUCUGUGACACGCAUUUUAUUUCAAAAGGCGCCUACAGGCACCAUCUGAGCAAAAUGCACUUCGUGAAGGAUGGAAGCUUGGCGGAAAUAGCAGCCGCCUCCACAUGGAAACCCCCUUCAACCUCAGGUAACACCAAACCAAACCCGUCUCCUGGAAGCAGCAACGGGUGCGGGACCUCAGCUGCCGGAACGAGCCGGACAGGCAACAACGGAAGUGAUCCGGUUCAUCCGGCUUCACCCCAGAAAGAACUCGCACCUUCAGCACCUCUGGACGAAAGUCCUCAUUCCAAAUUUUUGAAAUACACAGAACUCGCUAAACAACUGUCAAGCAAGUAUGUGUGAUCAUUGGGAUGUGCUAUUAGAACACAUGAAAUUUAAUCCCUAUACAUAAUUGCAAAUGGUGCCUCCGUAAUAAUUUGCCAAGUUUUCUCUUUUUAUUGGGCUCUUCAAGUGACCCAGUGAUACACGAAACACGAGCAACUGGUGCUGCUAAUUUGCUGUGUACAUCCAGUUGAUAGAUGGUAGACAUUACACAGACGCACAAUGUCUGCUGGACCCAUGUACAUAGCUAUAAAUACACUCCUAUAAAUAGAUCUAUAAAUAUAUAAAUACUUACGUAGACUCGUGUCUACUAUUCUGGUCUCAAUCACUGGCAAGCUUACGUUUAAUUUGAAUUCGACUGAUAAGCACUUCGUAUAGGCAGAUAUCUUUCGGUUUGCUUUCAAGAACUUUGCUGGAGCGAAAACAAAAGUUUGCUCCAGACUACGAUAUUUUCUGUCCUCUCGGACGACAAGGCUCUUCGUAAGCACACCUUUCAAGUGCUUAGAUCUGCAGUCACAAUUUUUAACUUAUCUAGAUCACAAAAGAUACAUGAAAAAUAGAACUCAUGUUAUAAGGUUAUCAAAAAAGAUGCAAUCAAUGUCCGUUAUUCGACUUUUUCCCAAAAUGUUACGUUUGCUGAUUUUGUUAAUUAGUGUUUACUUCUUAAAAUUCAUGUCAAUGCGAUGUUUUUAAUUUAUGAAAAAUAUUUUCCAAUAGAUUUAAUCUAUUAUUUAAAAUAUUUUAUUUUUGUAGUCUUCCAUAUUCUUGGGGCAGACUUUUUCUAGAAAACUUGUUAAAAUAGUACAAGCUAUGGCAAGAAAUUAAUUAAAGAAAUCUUUAAUUAGCUACUUCAAAAGUAUGAAAUUACUUUUUUAGAAAUUGUGAAAUACGUUAACAAGUCAAUCCCUACCAACAUUUAGUUAAUAAAUCUAAAAAAAUAUAUAUAUUAUUAACUAAAUAAUCGAAAUUUUUAAUUCCCUUCCUCUCCUUUUUAUAUUUAAACACAUUUUAUUUUGUGUUGAAUGACUUUUAAGUGUCUAGGAAAUUAUUAUUGCUUUAGACAAAAAUGAACAGCGAGAGGUAUUUUUCCAGAACUUAAUAGUACAUUACUGUUAAUUUAAUUUUAAAGAAAAUAAUAACGUUACAAAAAAAAAAAAAAAAUUGGUUUAAAAGCAUCACUUGUGAUAGUCAUUAGCUUGUUAGUUUCUUGCCAGUUUGAAAUUGAUAGGUAUUUUCGAAAUUAUUUGAAUAUAACACUGUACAUCUCCAUAUCCUUCUUAAUUAAUGGGCUAAAUGGACCUACCUGCACAUCGAAAAAGGGUUUCACAUUCUGAUCAAUUAACAAAUAAUGUUAAAUACAUUAACUCCAAUGGAAAGAUUUCUAAAUUUUUUUGAAAAUGUAGGAAAUAAGGCUAAAAAUAUGGAAACGAGUCGAAUGGAUAUACAAAAUUGCAGGGAGCAACGAUAUAUCUUAUGAUAACUAAUAUGCCAGGAAUUAGUUGCUGACUGCAAAAAAUAAUUAAAUUGCAAAAUAAAUUAACUAUUUGUGUAUUAUCGGCUAAUCUCAUUCUUUGAUCAGUUUGGUUUGGUUAUAUUAACGUCCCGUUUGAAGCAACAUUAGGGCUACUUGGGACGGACCUCGUAAUUUUGAACCGCGGUCAGAUGACGAGGACGACACCUGAGCUGGCACCCCCCUCUUCACACCACACCAGCGGGAGGACGUUUGGUCAUGACGGAUUUAACGUGCAACUGACCCCCUUACACGACGGUUCUUCGGUGGAAACGAGUCACGAACCUGAAACCCUCCGGUUCCGAAGCCGAGACUUUACCACCAGGCCACCGCGGCCCUCAUUCUUUGAUCAGAGAAUAUAUAACGGAGAAUUGUUUUAAAGUCAUGGAAUUAUUUUGUCUAUUAAUCACUUACAUAAGUACUCUCAAUUCUUAAAAGCAUGAGGUCUCAUGCGAUGAGCACGGACAAAAGAAAGUGCAUUAGUUGUUGGAUAUUUAUCUUGAGAAAUGCUAAGUAAUAUUUCAACAGAUAAAACACAGAAAUAUUCUACAGUACUAGGAUUCGAAAGUUUGGAGAAUCAUUUCCAUUCAUUGAAAAUUAGUUUCAUUUAGGAAUGAUAUUUUGAAAUCUUAAGUUUGUUGUUUCUUAUGGCACUUGCCACGGACAAGCUCGCUGUUCAAAGACAGCCAAUUUAAGCCUAAGGGGGAGCGCGCCUCUGGUUUUUAUCGUAGAGCCAACUCGGGCCAAGAGUACGACUUGACUACUCACGCAUCACUCAUUCGCUUGCACAACCCCUUUUUACAGGAGGGCACAUUUACACAUCUCACAGAUGGAACAGGAAGAACAACCAUGCCCAAACCGGGACUCGAACCCUGGACGCCCAGAUCACGGGGAAGAUGCGCUGCCCUUAUACCAGGACGCCGGCAUAAGUCUUAAGUUUAGUUAUAUUUAGUACAGUUUUGAAGGAACACGGGAGCUAUUUUAGGACUGACAGCGUAACUUUGAAUUUUGGUCAGAUGACGGAGAAGGCACUGAGUCAGCAGUUUCUUUUCUCCACACUAGCUGGAAUAUAUUUGGCCUUGACAUUAUUUAACGUGCAUUAGACCCGCUUACACUACGGUUCUUCGGUGGAAUUUGGUCUUGAACCUGAAACCCUAAAGUUCCGAAGCCGAGAUCUUAGCACCAAGCCACCGCGGCCCACAUACAAAGUAAGAAGACCGUUACAUUACACAUCGCCAAUGGAAAUGUAACACGCACACCUUAUUUUCACUUAAAUCUUCCAUAGACGUAUCUGAAAAUCUAACCCCCUUAUACUUUACAGUUGUAGCAUGCCUAAAUUACGUUACUAGAUCGGAUGACACUUUAUUUGGAAUGAAAAAGGAUGCUCAGAUUAAAAUAAAAUGAAUUGCUGGAGAUGUACAGUGAUAAAAUAUUAAAGUUGGCAUUUUGUAUUUGUAUUGAUUUAUUUUGUUUUCUUACCCAUGACAUAGAUUUGUAUUACUUAUAUCAAAGUAAAUAUUGCUAAUCUUAUCCACCGUUUUGUUAUGAUCCAUGUCUCUUAUUUGUUUGGAUAUCUUAUAUUAACUAUUGAUUACAUAUUUUCUAUUGUACUAAAAGGUAGAAAUUAUAUUUUUAAUAACAAAAGAAAUAAGUAUUUGAAUCAAUAUUGAUUUUUUUAAAGUAUAAUUUAAAAAUAUUCCUCGAUUGAUUGUUUUGAACUAUAGAAAUGAUUUUGGAAACAAAAAUCGAAAGAUUUUUUUUUAUAUAUAUAUUUUCAGGUUGUGAACAAUUGUGAUUACUAACUUUUAAUUUAUAUAUUUUGGUAUAAAUAACAUUCCUGUUGUAGUGCUCAUGACGUGGUGUUGAAUGUUUGUUUUGACAGAAUUAUGUUUACUUCAUAUACUGUGGUUUUUAUAUUUUAUCUCAACAGCGAGCAACUGAAAUUAAUUGAAUGAAAGAGUGAUCUCAGUUCUUUAAAACAUUUAAUGACAAGACUCAGUAUAUAUCUAUUGAAAUUUCUGUUAUAUUUUUGUACUUGGAAUGUCUAUAAUGUUGGUUUUUUUUUUUUUU